AGGCGCAGAUUCAAUUACAUCUACUAACAGCUGGCAGUCAGAGGACGUGAUGUAAGGAGGCAGAUAAGAAACCAAAGAUCGUCGUUUGUUUGGCUGAUUUGGUUUUUUUGAAACCAAAAAAUAUUUAUUUUAACUAGUCAUCUAACCUGUUUUUGAACAUUGCUUGUGUUGGUAUCGUUAUUGCCGUUGUAUUCCCUGACGGCAUAAAUAGGUGAAUAAAUAGAAGACGACGUUUUUAGAGAUAAAAGGCAAACGGAUACAUUACAACUUGUACUGGCCUUGAAGCAUUUUAUAUUAUAUCAGUUACCAUUUUUAUUAAUAUUGAUCAUUUAUUUUUGACGAAGAUUAUUUAGAUUGAUUCGGAGGUGGAGCUUUUGAGCGGGCGGAUAUAGUUAUCCAGUACUUCCGCCAUUUUUCUGUGCUUGGGUUUUCGCCUUGAUUUUCGCAGCUCCAGUGGCCAAUCGAGGAACUGCAGUCGAUUAUUUGGAAAAUACCGUUAGGUGGCGAUAAAUUACGGCACCAGCAUUUUAUGUUUUGAAAACUAUUGGACUGGUGCCCUGUUCAGGGGUUGUUCCUGCCUUGCGCCCUAUGCUAGCUGGGAUAGGCUCCAAGCGGACUCCCGCGACCCCGUUCAGGACGAAGUGGGUUAGAAAAUGACUGACUGAAAAACUCUAUUGCCCGUUAAAGGUGAAAACGCAAUUAAAACUACAGUAACCGCACGUAGGCUAACUUCUAUUGUAUAUACUCUGAAAAUCAUGUUUUUGAAGAUAAUUCCCUGAAAAAGUUCAAUUUCCUGCUUCAUGUUUUGGGAAUUUUAAUACUUGGACGUCAUGAGUACCGCGAAUAACAUUUCAGUUCCUGUUAAAAUGAAUGCCGCUGUCACAGCACCUAGUUCAAACGCAAGUUCUACUGGUGGAAUGUAUAGGGUACUGCAUGCUUUUGAUGCAAGUGGAAAAAAACUCUUGAAGCUAAUUCCUAUAGGUCCUCAGUGCAUACCAAUCGCUCCCAGCCAUAACAAAACAACAAAUGCUUGUCUUCAGACAAUUGUUGAGCAGCAGAGAGUGUUCACAUCUUCUCCAAUUCAGAUUGCACAGUCUGCCAUCACACAAAGUGCCUUGCCUGUUCUUGAACAAAGCAGUUCCGGAAAAUACAUUAUUCCUGCUGAAAGGACUUUUGUUUUAAAGCCAGUAAGCACAAUUCCAGUAAAUGAAAAGGUUGCCAUACCCACAACAAACUCUUCUAUUAAGGUUUGUGUUCCAUCUCUAAUCAAACAGAAGCUGGUUCCAGGUACAUCACAUAUGGUCAAUGCUGACCAUGCCUACUCAGUUGUAAACAUAAACCCACAUCCUGUGACUACAAAACCACUAGUGCUCCCUGCUGGGAGUAAAUUUCAUAUUUCCACUGGAACUGAAAGCAAGGCUGUUUCAACAUCAACACUCUCACCUGGGAUACAGGAAAAAAUCCUGGCAACUGUAGGAUCUGGGUCACAAGAACCCCAAAAAAAUGUGCAGACUGUGAUUUAUCUCUCACCUGUAAAUGCAGUAAAAACUGCACCUGUGAAUACAGUAAAACUCACCCCUUUGAAGUCGGUUCCAUUGACAGCUCCUAAAGAAGCACAAGUUACAUUAGUGAAGACUCCUGCACCAGCUGUAAAUGUAAAUCCAAUAAAAAAUUCACAAGAACCUCUUAAGAUUGUUUCCUCACAUGUACAAAAUCAAGGUGCACCUAUGAAAUGGGUGGUCCAGGAAAAUCCUGAUUCUCCAGCUCCAUACCUUGUUCCUGUAAAGCCAAAUCAUAAUGCUGCAUCAAAGAUUCUUAAAACAUUAGCAACUAUUGAACAAGCAGAAAAAGGUGCAAAGGAGCCUUCGGUAUUAUCAGAAACAGCCACUACUCAAACUACUUCAGGAAAAGAUAAUUCACUGGUUAUGUGCAAUGGAAAAACAUACUUACUGGCUAAGAAAAACCCCGAACCAACAAAACUGCAGGUUGUCAAGCACAAAGGCAAUGAGGCUGUGCUGAAUGUGAAAACCGAAAAGCCAACAGCUGAGACGGAAAUGGAGAGAACUCUUAAAUUUUCUUUGCAAUCAAGCCAGCCUACCAGUAGCUCCACUUGUUUUAUUAAAAGAAAUGUUACUUCUGAAAAGCCAAUUGUAAUACAGGAUGACUCCGAUACAGAUGUUGAUAACAGUGACGAAGUUCAACAUGUAGAAUUUUCUAAAUCAAGUAACAGCACUCCAGGAAGACAGAAGUGUGUAGCUGUCCAAACUGUACGCCGGGGGAUAUGUACAAUUGCAGAAGUAAUAGAUAUGACUAAUGACAAUGACCCUAUUACCAGUGAAAACCACACUUUGUCUUACAAGGAAUCUGUAUUAUUCAGCCAUGGGAGCACAGUUCAACAGAUUCCUGUGGACCUAUGUGAAGGGUUUAGCGGACACACGCCAAGCAAGAGGAAGUAUGAAACAGAUAGCCAGUUACGUAAGAGGUUUGGAAUCACGUCAGAUGUAAAAAUAUGCCUGAAAAGAUGUUCACCCCAUAAAUCUAUAAGCUUACAAGCAAAGACACAGCAAGUCAUUUUAAACAACAAGAAUCCUCUGGAGGGCAUUCGAAAAUUAAUUCAAGAAUCCAAAGCUGAUGCAAGAGCAAAGAAACUAAAUCUGAGUCAAACAGAGGUUUCUGGAAAAUGUGAUCCAAAAACAUCUCCAAAACGAACAAGUGAAUGCCUCCCACCAGACUUUAAAAAAAUGAAAAUUGACUCUCAGGGUGACAUGGUUAUUCCUUCUUCCAGUGAAGAGAAUUCUAGAAAACAAGGAGUGAGCCCAUAUAAUGUACAUCCAUGUGAGAAUACAAGUGGGCAUAAUUUCGUGCCAAGUAAUGACAAGGAUUCAGCCAUGGAUGAAGUAGCACACUGCAGCAAACAAUUGGACUCCAUCCCUUCUGGAUCUAGCAAUACUUCUGCUAGCACUAUGGAUGAGGAUAUUUUUAUUGUAACCCCGAUGGACUCUGAAGAAAUUGUGAGGGAGGAAAAGAUAAAAAGGUUAAAAGAACUUUUGAAACAGAAGGAAACGGCUCUUGAAGAAAUACGAAAGAACAGGGUAGUCUCCAUUAGCUGAAUCAAGGACAAGGGAGCUGUUAAUCCCAAGAGAUAAAUUUAACAGUACAUUUUUGGACUGGUGAAUUUUUAUUAUGUUAAAUUCUACAGUUUUUUUGGGUUUUUUUUGUAACAGUUCUUAAUUUUUCAAAAGCAAACUCAAUCCUGAACCCCACAUGCCAACAAACAGCAUUUUUAAAUACUAAAAAAAGUUGCAAUUUGUAAGGAAAACUAAAGCAAGCUCCUGUCACUCAAAUCUUAACCUCACGAAAGACCAUAAUCGUCCUCCUUGUAGCCUAAAUUCUCUGUGUUGUAUAGAUCAAAGGGAUCUUUAGCAAAAUUCAAGUACAGUAAUCCCUCCUCCAUCGCGGGGGUUGCGUUCCAGAGCCACCCGCGAAAUAGGAAAAUCCGCGAAGUAGAAACCAUAUGUUUAUAUGGUUAUUUUUAGAAUGUCAUGCUUGGGUCACAGAUUUGCGCAGAAACACAGGAGGUUGUAGAGAGACAGGAACGUUAUUCAAACACUGCAAACAAACAUUUGUCUCUUUUUCAAAAGUUUAAACUGUGCUCCAUGACAAGACAGAGAUGACAGUUCUGUCUCACAAUUAAAAGAAUGCAAACAUAUCUUCCUUUUCAAAGGAGUGCAAAGCAAGCAGUCAAAAAAAAAAAUCAAUAGGGCUUUUAAGUAUGCGAAGCACCGCCAGUACAAAGCUGUUGAAGGCGGCAGCUCACACCCCCUCUAUCAGGAGCAGGAAGAGAGAGAGAGCCACAGAAAAACAAAUAAAGUCAAAAAUCAAUACGUGCCCUUUGAGCUUUUAAGUAUGCGAAGCACCGUGCAGCAUGUCCUUCAGGAAGCAGCUGCACACAGCCCCCCUGCUCACACCCCCGUACGUCAGCGCAAGAGAGAGAGAGAGAGAAAGUAAGUUGGGUAGCUUCUCAGCCAUCUGCCAAUAGCGUCCCUUGUAUGAAAUCAACUGGGCAAACCAACUGAGGAAGCAUGUACCGGAAAUUAAAAGACCCGUUGUCCGCAGAAACCCGCGAAGCAGCGAAAAAUCCGCGAUAUAUAUUUAAAUAUGCUUACAUAUAAAAUCCGCGAUGGAGUGAAGCCGCGAAAGGCGAAGCGCGAUAUAGCGAGGGAUCACUGUACAUUUGUUUACUUAAACAAGGAGGAGUUAAAAUGUAGGAACUGUAUGCUAUAUGUAAAUAAAUACAUGCAUUCAUUCUCCACUCCAUGAGAUACUGAGCUUGCCUGAGUGGCUAAAGAGAGAGAGAGAGAGAGUCAGAACUUAUUUCGGGCAGGAUGUCUGUCUGUCACAACACAAAUGUUAAGUUUAUCUUUAACAUCUGAAAAUAAUAUCAUAAAUACACAGAACAAUUAUGCAGACUCCACAUAACAAGGAAUCAAACAUAAGAUAAAAAAGAAGGCCAAAAAUUGUGUAUGGCCAGCAUAAUGCUACUUUUUUGAUGCAGGUUUACAUUUUGAGAAACAUUUUUUUUUUUUUAAAUGAAAAAUUUAUAGAGAAAUGAUGCAUUAAUUAAAAAAAAAAAAAACUCAUUCUUAAGCUAGUUAAAGUUGAGUUACUUAUGGUCAUAAAAUGAGCAAGUAACCUUCCCCUGAAAUUAUUACACAAUUUCUAUUAAAUAGAUUGUGAGGUGGAGGCAUUUUUUUAUAUUUAUUGAUUCAAUAAUUGCACACCUUUAGCGGAGUUUGAAUGUUGCACACAACACAGAUUGAAAGAAGCUAUUACAAAAUAGGAUUUUCAUAAAGAAGUUAUUUAUAUAGAUAGAUACUUUGUUAAUCCCAAUGGGAAAUUCAAAUACUCCAGCAGCAGCAGCAUACUAAUAAAAAACAAUAUUAAAUUAAAGAGUGAUAACGAUGCAGGUAUACAGACAGACAAUAACUUUGAAUGAUGUUAAGGUUUACCCUAGUCGCAUAGUGUGGGGGAGGAACGAUCUCCUUAGUCUGUCAGUGGAGCAAAGUUUAAUACAAAUUUUAAAUACAAAUUUAAUACAAAGCCAUGGAAUCAAAGUAGAGAAAAAAACUCCCACAAUAUGAAUUAACUAAAAAAGUAUAUAUAAUUAUUAUUUUAAUUGCAACAAGGAGUGUGUGAUAAUAUGUUCUCCACAACAAAAUUCCCUAUCAUGCAAACAAUAGUUGAUACAACAGUCAACAUUUAAACUAUGAGAAAUGUUUUAUGUUCUUAAAGCUUGAAACUUGUUUUGUGGUAUAUAUCUGGUUUGCUUAAAAUGUGUUUUGUUGUAUUCUUUAAAUGAUUACCUCUGAAUGGUCAGAAGUAAUAAGAAAUUUUUAAUUUUAGUGAAUAACUCUUAUUUAUUGUUUUUUAUGUUGUCUUUUUUUUUGGCAAAAUCUUGAGUCAAAGAUUGAAUUGUGAAACAUUUAUGGCCUGUUUUUUAGGAAACUAUUCUGUUUGGGUGAAAUGUUAAUGUGCAUUUCUGUAUGAUGUUUAUGAGAGUGGCAGUGAAUGCCAGUUCUAAUUUGUUUUAAUAAAAUGGUGAGGUGUGAUGUGAAAGUCAGA